UUUUCAACUUCAUAAAUAUCAAUGGCAGACUCUGAUGAUGAAUAUGACCGUAAACGAAGAGACAAAUUCAGAGGAGAAAGAACAGAAUCUUAUAGAGAAGGACGAGGAAGGGAAGAUCGUAGAAGAGGAGGGGAUGAUUGGCCUGAUAGAGAAUGGUCGAGCAGGCCACGCACGAGACCGGAUUACCGGGACUACCGGGGCGGCGGAGGCGGCGGCCGUGAACGAUACAGUCCAGCUCGGUCACAGGACAUGGCACCACCGAUGAAGCGUAUGCGCGGUGAUUGGGAUGACAGGCCGCCACGUGGACACUCCUACGGGGACUAUUAUGGCGGUGGAGGCGGUAGGGACAGUGAAACUAGUACCGGCGGUGUCGGGGGUGGCCGUAGCGGGGGUGGCGGCGGAAGUGGAGGCGGCGCCUGGAACCAGGAGCACUACUCCGCGCCGCAUCACGGAAACCAUCAUUACAGUAACCACAGCAACAACAGUAGCAGUCGUGAAGUUGCUGGUAAUUUUAGUAAUUCCAAUGUGGAAACUCAGCCUCCAAUGAUGACAUUCAAAGCAUUCUUAGGUACACAAGAAGAUUCAAUUACAGAUGAAGAAGCUAUUAAACGUUAUAAUGAGUACAAAUUAGAAUUCAGGCGACAGCAACUUAACGAGUUCUUUAUUGCACAUAAAGAUGAGGAAUGGUUCAAAAUAAAGUACCAUCCUGAAGAAUCGGUUAAACGAAAAGAAGAACAAUUCGCUGCAUUAAAAAAACGUGUAGAGGUAUUUUUAGAAAUGUUGGAUAAUAAAGAAAUAGACAAAGUAUCAGUUGAUGCAGACCAAACGGACAUAUUGCUACACUUGCUGGAUGCUGUUGUAAUAAAACUUGAGGGUGGCACUGAGGACGAUUUGAAGAUUUUGGAUGUAAAACCGCCGAGUCAAACCCUGGCCAAGGAUUCUAAUCCCAAGGAAUCAAUAAUAAAAAAGGAAGAAGAGUCUAAAGAUGCUAAAGAUACAGUAAAAAUAAAGGUUGAAAAAAUAGAGGAGAAUGAAAAAACAAAUGAAAAUAAACUGGAGAUAGCUAAGGAGGAAAAACAUAAUGGUGACAUAGAGAUGAAAGAGCCUGAGAAGAAUGAAAAUGACAAAGAUAUCAUAAAAGAUAUUGAAAAAACAGUAGAAGACAAUAGUAGCAAAGAUAAUAAGGAGGAAGAGAAGAAAGAAGAUGGUGAUACACAACAGCAAGAAGUAGAAGAGAAAUUAGAGGAAAAUAAUCCGAAAAAGCGUAAAAGAACUAAUAGUAAUUCCAGUAGUAGCAGUAGCAGUAGUAGCAGCUCCUCUGAUAGCGCUGAUAGCAAUAAACCCGCAACACCAGGAGGUCCACCUCCUGCUGAAGAAAAAGAAGUAAAAGAGGAGAAGCAAGAAAAUAUCGACAUACCAAGCGAAGAACCAGAGGUGCCAAUAAAGGAAAAAUCACCUGAACUUGAAAUUGAAAAGCCAAAAAAGAAGGGAGCUGAUACAGAAACUGUAAUAGAUUUAGCCAAUGAAAAGGAACCUCGUGCUUUACAUAAAACCAGCAGUAUUUUUCUUCGGAAUUUAGCUCCAACGAUUACUAAAGCUGAAGUCGAAGCUAUGUGUAAACGAUUCCCGGGCUUUCUAAGAGUAGCUAUUGCAGAUCCUCAACCAGAAAGAAGAUGGUUCCGACGAGGAUGGGUCUCAUUUGAACGACAAGUCAAUAUUAAAGAAAUAUGUUGGAGUUUAAACAAUAUUAGACUACGAGAUUGUGAACUUGGAGCUAUUGUAAAUCGUGAUCUUUCUCGACGUAUACGUACCAUCAAUGGUAUAACUUGUCACAAACAAAUUGUGAGGAAUGAUAUUAAAUUGAGUGCGAAAAUUGUACAUAAUUUAGAUAGUCGAGCAGGUUUAUGGUCGGAAGAUAAGAAAGAAAUUUUGAAAGACGAAGAGGCUAAGAAAGAACAAACCGCAAAUGAUAUAGAACAAGCAGCUUUUGGAUUGUCGUCGAAAAAUCCAAUUUUAAAAAAUAUAACAGAUUAUCUUAUAGAAGAGGCGUCUGCGGAAGAAGAAGAACUGCUUGGAGUCUCAGGAGAUCACGAAGAAGGACAAUUGUCUUGUGAAGCUGAAGAAAAAAUAGAGAGAGAUCCAGCUUUAAUGAAAGUUUUAGAUAAAUUGAUUCUAUAUCUAAGGAUAGUACAUUCUGUUGAUUACUACAAUCAUUGUGAAUAUCCAAAUGAAGAUGAGAUGCCAAAUCGAUGUGGUAUUAUGCAUGUGAGAGGAACACCUCCUACUACGAAAGUGUCUAGCAACGAGUUGACAGAAUAUUGUAGAAACUUUGAGAGCAAAAUGGCCGCAUUCCUUACGCCCGUGGCAACUGUUAAUCCAACUGAUUACGAUAAGUUGGGCACGAAAAAUGCCGAAACGGAGGUAGAGAAGUUUGUCCAAGCAAAUACACAAGAGCUUUCGAAAGAUAAGUGGCUGUGUCCGCUCAGCGGUAAAAAAUUCAAAGGUCCAGAUUUUAUUCGUAAACAUAUUUUCAAUAAACAUGCUGAAAAGGUUGCGGAAGUUAAGGCAGAAGCUGAAUACUUCAAUAAUUAUCUUAAGGAUCCAAAGAGGCCACAAUUACCCGAACAUCCAGGUAACAAAGCGCCAAUGAGAGAUAGUGCAAGAGAAACUUACACUCCAUACAAUGCUGGCGGCUCUCGGACUCCCAGUAGAUUCGCAGGCAACUACACGAGUAACUUUAGUGGCAACCGCGGCGGCUUUGGAGGUGGCUACGGCGGAGGAUUCGGAGGCGGUUUCGGAGUACCAAGGUCUAAUCGAGGCGGAUUCAACAGAGGACGCGGAGGCGGCGAGUUCAGGCCUGUGAUUCAUUACCGAGAUCUCGAUGCCCCACGAGAGCCUGACGAAUUUUUAUAAAAACAAAAGUAUCUUUCGCUCAUUGAAUAUACACGCCAACGAAAAAUAUUAGAUUUGCCAAAGAGCAAAUAAUUUAUGGCUGGAUAAAAUAGCAAUUUGUU